GAAGUCACAAUUAUUGUCGCAACCCCGGCAAUCUAGAAAAAGGUCCCUGGUGUUUCACCGCCGUGUCUAAGGAGCUGUGUGACAUACCCAAGUGUGUCAGCAAUGAUUCCAACAAGCUCAUGUACAUUCUCAUCCCGUCCUUGACCGUUCCUCUGGCCUUGGGGAUUCUUCUGGCGCUAAUCUGCUUCUGCCAGAAGUCUCACAACUCCAGGUUAGUACAGUCUGAAACAUCCAGUAAGUCUCACAACUCCAGGCCACACAGCAAACAGGGACAACCUGUAGAGAUGAGUCCGCUCAAUCCGAAAACUGCUGGAAGGGUGAGGGAAUUCCCCAUGCACAACAUCCGCUUCUACCAGGAACUGGGCGAUGGAUCCGUUGCCAUGGUUGCCAUCAAGACGCUGAAAGAGAAUGCGUCUCCAAAAAUGCAGGCAGACUUUCGGAGAGAGAUUGAUCUGAUGUCCGAACUCCGCCACCCCAACAUCGUGUGCCUGAUUGGAAUCUGCACUAAACAAGAACCCAUGUGCAUGCUUUUCGAAUACAUGUCCCAGUGCGACCUGCACGAGUACCUGUUGUCCCACUCCCCUCACUCAGACGUCACCUCCACCGAGGACGACAGCGGGACUGGCAACGGACACAUCCUGGACCAUCACUUUGUCCACCGCGACCUCGCAGCCAGAAACGUCUUGGUUGUUGAUGGACUGAACAUCAAAAUUUCUGAUAUCGGCUUGUCCAGGGAUGUUUAUUCUACAGAUUAUUUUCGAGUUCAGAGCAAGUCGUUACUUCCGGUAAGGUGGAUGCCACCGGAAGCGAUCCUUUACGGGAAAUUUACCACAGAGAGUGAUGUGUGGGCGUUUGGGGUUGUAUUGUGGGAGAUUUUUAGCUAUGGCUUGCAGCCUUAUUAUGGAUUUUCUAAUCAAGAGGUGAUUGAGAUGGUACGGUCAAGACAGAUCCUCGCUUGUCCGGAGGAAUGUCCAGCGCGGAUAUACGGGCUGAUGGUGGAGUGUUGGCAUGAGAUGCCCUCUCGCCGGCCAGCGUUUCGAGAGAUCCAAACUCGUCUGCGCACCUGGCAUAGUGAGAACACGCCCAAUGCCCCCUGGACAUUGUCGCAGAGCCACUCGGGUCACUCUAGCUCCACACACCAGAGCUCACAGUCACAGCCGUCUCAUCACAGUAGCACCGGACCCAGCAACACUACCGCAGUCACUGGAUUGACGGGCAGCAGCAAUACCUCAGAACCCAGCGCCGCUAACUUCUCCGCCCAGUUUAUGCCUUACAACAACCACGGCAGCAUGCUGUCACCCCCGUUGCCUCCAUACAGUGCCAUAGAGCAGCAUCAGACAGCUGUCAAUCUUCAGGGUGUUCCUCAAAACAGCAUGAGCUUCCAACAGCAAUUAGCCCACCAGUAUAAAAUGAAUCCCUACAAUGGACAAAUGGGUAAUCAGUACAUGCAGUACCCGGGUGGACAGUCAAUGGUUCCCUCACACCAGCCAGGCCAGGUGUCCGUGCCGCGGAAUAUAGGCCAGCCUUUAGCGCCAAGCAGCAUCGCCAACAGAGGCAUCACAAACAUCGGACUUAGCAAAGUCUCUCCUGCGGGCUCCAUCGCUAGCUCACAGUCAUCCAACAGUGGAUCCUCAACACAGGAUACUGGUAUCGGGCCCCCUACGUCUGGGAUGACCCACGCUAGCCAGAACACCAACAACCACAACAGCUAUAAGCAGCUUCUGCUACAAAAUUACAACAUAGGCGGUGUCACAAACAAUGCUCCUCAAUCCGCCGGCAAUCUACAAGAACACAACGGUUUAAACAAUCUCUCUCACACGGGGUACGCCCCUGAACAUAGGACUUCUGAUAUUUAG